AUGGCCGUCUUCCACCUCUUCCCUUGUCUGCCAUCUGAGCUUCGCGCUCGUAUCUGGGAACUGACAGUCGAACCUCGCACCAUCGAGGUUGGCUACAAAAAUACCCCGUACAACGAAACCCUGCAUGUAAUGUCGUCGGCUCCGGUGCCUGCAAUCCUCCAAACCUGCUAUGAGGCCCGGAACCAAAAGGGGCUGUACCAGCGGGCCUUCGCCUUCGGCAUCGAACCACGGUACGUCUGGGUGAACUUCGAGGUAGACAUGAUAUCGAUUGGACAUCAUAGCACUUUUGCUUGGGAAUUAUUCGAGGCUGAACGGCUUCUAAUCCGCCGACUUACCUUUGAGGGCGAAAACGACGAAUGGUUCUUCCACUUUCGCUACCAUCAACUCGCUGGUUAUAGUAACCUUGAGGUAAUUCACGUCAUCUGCUACAAUGGCGUGGACGACUGGCAGACCGCCUGGGAGUCCAUCCACUGGCCGUGUGGACCAGAUAAUGUGAGGUUCAUCGACAGGGAGACCGGGGAGGUUGCCUUGGGCAAGGACCUAGAUGAUAUGCUUCCAAGAUCCUCGUGCUCUGAAUCCGAAUGA